AUAGAAAGGUAUGGGACGGAAAUUUUGGCAUCCAGGACCAGGACUUGUGAGAGACGACCAAAAAGAGGCAGAAGAAGACACCUUCGGAAUAUAGAAGCAAGGUUUUCAGAUGAUACGCUACGCUCACGGCUCAAUUUAGCCCACUCCUUUCUUUUCGCUUUUAAAAUGCGCUCUAUCUUCUUCUUCUUCUUUUCUUUUUCAACUCCGAAUUGUUAUUACUGAUAAUAAUAGAGAAAAAAAAAAGAGGCGAAAUCGGUCUCUGAUCAUUGAAUUUCCACGCCAAAUGCCUAACUUGCCUACUUUCCUCCCUCUGAUCCGAUCAGUUAAACCCUAAAGCUCUUCGCCCCUUGAUUUUAAUGUUCUAUUUCGGUUCCACGAGAGAGAGAUCGGCGUCGUUUCCGCAGUGAAUAAUAGAAAAAAGAGAAAUAGAUGAUGCAGAGACGGAGUCCACCGAAGCAUAGGCACGAUGGGACUUCGCCGCUGCCUCUCGGGAUGGAUUGGAGUCCGCCCCCUCGUAAAUGGUAAGAGCCUGUACUCAUUAUACAUAUACGUGCAGAAUGGGAGGGAAACUGUUUGGCCACAUGAUCCUCAAACAGGAUGGAGUUACUCUGUUACAAUACCAUCUUGGGUUGUCCUUCCCAAAGCAAGAGAUUCAGAUCCUGUUGUGUUUUACAGGGUACAGGUUGGGUUACAGUCACCAGAGGGCGUUACAACCACACGUGGAGUAUUAAGAAGAUUUAAUGAUUUUUUGAAGCUAUUUACUGAACUAAAAACGGCAUUUCCCAAGAAAAGUCUUCCCCCUGCACCACCCAAGGGAUUGUUGCGUAUGAAAAGCAGGGUUUUGUUGGAAGAGAGAAGGUAUUCAUUGGAGGAGUGGAUGACAAAGCUGUUAUCUGACUUUGAUUUGUCGAGAAGUGUCACAGUUGCGUCCUUUCUUGAACUAGAAGCUGCUGCAAGAUCUGCAUUCCAAGAGGUAAAUAAAUGCUCCUCAGAACCGAAUGUUGCUGGAAAUAGCACAAUUUCAUCAAAUGAGAUUCAUCCCAGUUCAAACACAUCUCAUAUUGCUGGUUGUUCAUCAGUGACGUCAGAUUAUGGCAGUGAUACUGCUUAUGAGACAUCUGAGCUUGGGUCACCUAGGUUAGGGAGAGAAAACAGCUCUGACAUUGGUUUGGGAGAUCUGACAUUGGAUGAAGAUUUGUCAGGAUCAAUAGAAAAUUUUGUGAAGUAUGGUAUGUCCAACAUUGAUGAGGGACUAUCUAUGGGACAGACAAUUUUGGAGCAGCUAGAAGAUUUUCCUAGGCAUAAAACACAUAACAGAAACAUCAAUAAAACUUUGGAGAAAGAUACUUAUAAUGGAAAUGGCUCUAGAGCUUCAUUUCAUGGCACUGAUGGAUUGGAACUCUUUUCCGAACCAGAGCCUGCUAAGGCGGCUGGUCAUGCUCGAAAGCUAUCAACUGAAAGUGUUGGGAGUGAUGUAACUUCUUUGAGAGGUAGUGAUAUGUGCAACUUUAGAAUUCCAAAUUCAUCUUGUGACCUUCCUGGAACUUCUGAAGUAUUGAGUACCAUGGGAACUCUUGGAAAAUCAGAUUUGCAGUUUUCUGGUGCUACACAAAUUGUUCUUCCAUUGGAUCAGCGUCACAAGAUGAACAGGUUUCUUUUGACAAUGCAGCAGGGACUAUUCACUGCAAAAACUGACAUGGAGGAUCUUAUAGCAAGACUAAAUCAAGAAAUAGCUGUGAAAGGUUAUCUUACAACAAAGGUUAAGGAUUUGGAAGUGGAACUUGAAAGCACCAAACAGAAAAGUAAAGAGAACUUGCAGCAAGCUCUCCUGAUUGAAAGAGAAAGGUUUACUCAAAUGCAGUGGGAAAUGGCAGAACUUCGGCGUAAAUUAUUGGAAAUGGAGUUGAAUUUGAAUCCUAAACAGGAUGAGAUGCAAAUAACAGAAACAACUAAUCAUUCUGCUGCUAAGGAGGAAGAUGCAAUGUUGCAAGAGUUAAAUGCUAGUAAGGAGCAGCUGAACAUUAUCUCAAAGCAAUAUGAAGAGCUAGAGACUAAAUCAAAAGCCGAAAUUAAAGUUCUUGUUAAAGAGGUCAAGUCUCUUAGGAAAUCUGAAAAAGAACUGAAGCAGGAGGUUGAUCAAUCACUAUCAAAGAUAUCUGAGGUGGAGGUACAACUAGAGCACGAAAGACAAAUCAGCAAGCAUGUAAGAACUGCUAGAGAAAAGCUGCUAAAUGAAUGCCAACUUCUUCACAAUCGUCUUCUUGAGUGCAAUGUGAAUUUGUCCAUAGUUGAUGAUGAAAAUUUAAUCAAGGAUUCUUCCUUAGUUGAAGAAGCAUUGGAUUUGUUGACUAAAUCUGAUGAUAAAAUCACUGUCCUACUUGCAGAGGUGCAACUAUUAGCGAAGGAAGAUAGCAGUGCCAUUGGGGAUACCGAUAAUGUACAUGACAACCACUACGAUAAUAGAAUAGAUGAUGAGUUAAGGAAGAUCAUAGCAGACAUCUUCACCGACAAUGCUAAAUUAAGAAAGCAGGUGAAUUCUCAACUACAGCAUAGGCUCAAAUGUGACAUCAUGUCAAAGAAUAAUGACAAGGAAUUAGAAAAAUCUUAGAAAAGUUGAAAUGGUGUUUGAAUAUUGUAGUUCUCUGAUACUAUAGAGUAUGAUAAGCCAAGCCCCCCACAAUCUCCAAUACAGUUCCCAGUAAUCAAUCGCAUGCUGCUUUUAUUGCAUGAUCUUAACAAUUAUAGUUGUGAAUUUUGCGGUUACAUGUAUAUCAGUGAUGAUGAGAAGAUGCCCUUUUAUGACA